GGCAAUUUUGGUGUUUUUCAGAUUAGUUAAGUUAAUAAUUUUCUACUUUUGUGUCAUUAUACCGAAAUAUUAAUUUUAAUUUAUUUUGAAUAUAAUAACUUUAUGAUGCAUUAUGUGUGAUAGUUUAAAGUGUGGAUUUACUUACAGGAAAACAAUGAUUUCAUUAAAGAAAAAAUCAAAUCAAUUUGAAAAUGAAGUUAAUUACAAGAAAAUUCUUUCUUCAGAUAAACCAAUGCCAAUAUCUUACGGAGAUCGUUUUAUACCUCGUCGAUUUCUAUUAAAAAAUUGUGAAAAAAACAUAAAAUUUGCUUCAAAAAAACCGACUAGAGAUGUUCUUUCAUUGUGUACUAGCCAAGACUAUUGGAGAGAAAAUACUUAUUUACCAACGAUAAAUUUGAUAAUGGAAAUUACAAAAGAUCGUGUUUUACAACUAAUGGACCCAAUUGUAAAAUCAACUGGCCUUAUAUUAAGAACAUGCUGUCGGGAUAAUAAUGAAAACAAUUGGUUUUUGUAUGAUUGGCCAUGUAAACCCCGAUCGAAACCAUCUGCAUCCCUUGAUACAACAUUUGAUCUGCCAGAUUAUGACUCGAGCUGCGAUCAGAACCUGGUUGAUUGGUCGAUACGGGGUCAAAUCGCGGUCUCUUUUGGUCAUGAUGUAAUAAUUUGGCAAAGUAAAGAAGAUAUAACAAUGGCGUUUGACAUUAAGUGUCCCCGAUCUUUGGCUUAUAGUCCUAGUGGGGAGUUAUUAGCAAUUGGUUGUAAAUCUUGUGAAUAUCCAGUGUUGGAACUGUGGGAUGUAUCAUGUCCUCAAGAUUUUUGUGUAAUUUGUGGUAAGGUAUUUAGUUUGAAACACAUUGCUGUGCAAUGCAUUGAGUGGACCUCAUCUGGUAAGCAAAUUGUAUGUGGUACACAUUAUGGAUCAAUAUAUGUUCUGUCAGUCCCCGAUAUGAAUACAAUUAAGAAAAUACGGAAGCACCAUUUGCCUAUUACUAUAAUACGUUUCUCACCAACCAUGCGUUAUUUGGCUAGUGGCGAUUCCGAGGGAAACAUUGUCAUUUAUAAUUGGAAUAUGUGCAGUGUUUAUCUGUAUGUAAGAUCUAGACGUAAACUAAAUGUCGUUUUUGAUUGGCAUCCCUGGACUGGAGUUGAUUUAGCCAUUUCCGAGGAUGUUCCUGCUUCAAUUGUCCUUUUACAUGUUCCCACUAAAAAAAUCGUUGCUUAUUAUCAACAAAAUGGAUCAAAAAUUGCAAUAAAUUAUAUAUCGUUUAGUAAACUUACAGGCGAAUUACUAGUGAGCACUUCUAGUCAAGAUGGCAAUGCAUGUAACGAUUAUAAAGUUUUAGUAAUGUCUUCGCUAGAUAGAAUUGUUGACAUACUAAAAAUUCCAGAUGGUGGGGCUAGAUUUUUAAUGUGGAGUCCUGAUGGUACAAAGGUUGCUACAACUGGCAAUGAUGAGACUCUUACUUUAUGGAAUUUUUAUUCUGCGAAAAAAACCAAAUAUUUUAAAAAACUCAAUGGACAAAAAGACAACUCUUCAAUGGAAUCGAAAUUUGGAAAUCAGUUUAAAAAGUGGUGUUAUUUAAAAUGACAAACUUAUAGUAUAGCAAUCUUAUUAUGUCCUUCACCUUUGUAAGAAGUUAUUCAUCAUUCGGUUUAAUUUGUAAUUCCGUUUGUAAUUUCCACAGAAUAAUUGUUCGACUAUAUGCUGGAUUCUUAUAGUUAGCGGAAUCGAUUAAGCAAUUUCGUCUGUCAGUCUGUUGAUGUCAAUUUUCUGAAGAACCCACAUAUCAUUGGGAUCCAAAUCUUUAAUGACGGGAAUAUUGAAUUCUUAAAAAAAAAAAAAAAAUAAAUUUCAAAAAUAUACAAAAUUUUAUUAAUUUUUAAGAAUUAACGUUUUUUAAAAACACACUAUGGUGAAGGGUAUAUACGAUUCGGUACAGCCGAAUAUAGAACUCAUACUUGUAUUUAUGUAUUGAAUGUCUUUUAUUUAAUGUGAUAAUAUAAUAAGAAUAUUAAUUGUGGA